GGAAGAUCUGGAGAUGAAGGCUCGUCUGUUGUGCUCCCUUCCCUUGCCCGCCCCGCCGCCGUUCGGUCUGCGCUCACUCCAGGCACACAGAAGGGCCAUCGCCGCUGUUGCCAGGCUCAGGACAAAGAACCAACAUGCAGAUGCUGCUGAUGAAGGGAGUGGUGAUUAUCCAUCCAUCUUCGACGCAGAUGCAGCCAGGCAGCCAUCUGACAACAGACAAGGAGGGAGGAGGUCACUCGGCGUCACUCUGGCCCGCCUGCAGAACAGAGAGGGCCUCAUGGAUCCGCACCCGCACGAGCCGGCGGCAGCCGCAGCAGCCGCAGCAUUGCGUGUGAGGCGGAAAGGCUUGCAUCAGCUGCCCCACGCUGAUGCAGAGGUCUACGAGCGCAUCAAGAUCCAUCACGCCAAGGCGCGUCAGCUGGAGCAGAGUCUGCAGAGGGCCGAGGAGCAGCUCGACGACAGCCCCGACCUCAAGCAGCACUACGAGGCCGUCAUGGCGGCUGAGCGGCACGUCAGCGACACACACAGGGGAGGCGCUGAUCUCACUGAUGGGUGGCGUGACGUGGUGAAGAGCUCCUUUGACGGGGAGCUGAGUGACGACAGUGACGACGAGUUGGCGGGGUUCCGGAGGGCAUCAAGGCAGCAAAGGCGGAUGAAAGAGGCGCAGGAGAGCCACAAGGCCAAGAGGCGCAUACUCAAGGGGGUAGGUGGAGCGAGUGAGCAGACCAGCCAUGAGCCAUGAUGCACUCUCUCAUUGAGUCACACUCACCUCUGUCUGCUCUCCCUUCCGCAGAUGGAGGAGCAUGACGCCCAAGAAGGCCUGUGGCCGGGAAGCGCACCAGCAGCAGCAGCAGCGGCAUCCACCUCCCCCUCUCCCCCCUCCUCGCCCCCUCCCUCCCAGCCUCCCACCUCCCCGCUGCUGGCCGCCCUUGCAGAGGCAGCGGCCCCGCCACCACCAACAGCAGCAUCAGCAGCAUCAGCAGCAUCUGGCAGCAAGGGCAUGAGGGGCGCCAUGCUGAGGGCCCCGAUGUCUGAUGCGCUGCCCUUCUUCACCUCCCGUCGCGUGUCGGUGUUGAGUGCGGACGACGAGCGGCUCAAGCAGCUGAGUGCCGAGAUUGAUGAGCUGGAAGCGACGCUCACGCCACUGCCCGAGCACAUCAAGGUGCGCGGGAAGCAAAGGCGUGUGGUGGGUGCUGGUUUGUUUGAUAGAUGUGUGUGGGGGAUGGCUAUGCUCCCUAUUAUGUAUAAGUGUUUGUUGUGUGUCAGGAGAAGGAUGAGUUCCUUGAGCGUUUGCAGGAGACGGUGAGCGGUGCGUUUGACUCGUGUCUGGUGUCGCCUUUUGGGUCGGUGGUCAACGGGCUGUGGACGCCACACUCAGAUAUCGACAUAUGCCUCCAGGUGCCACCAGACCCAUCGAGUGUGGUGUCACCAUCUCCUGCUGUGGUGUUUUGUGUGUGUGUGUGUGUGUGUGUGCGGCUAUGGUUGAUCAGAUGCCUGGUUGCACCACUCGCCCUGCGCAGAUCAAAGUGCUGCGGCGAGUGGCCGCAGAGCUGCACAGAAUCACGUAAUCGCCUCCCACAAACCACAAACCACACCACAAUAAGGCACACGAGCACUGACUGAUUCAGUCACUUUGUGCGUGUAUGUGCGCGCAGGUCUCAUUACUUGGAGCCCCGUUUCCAGGCCAAGAUGCCCAUCAUCCACUGGGCACCACGAGUGCCCGGAGCACAGGUGCGGAUGCAGGCAGCGAGCCAGUGGGGGGCAGCCGGACAUCUGGAUGCAUGUGUGUGUUGUGUGCCUUCAGGUGGCGUGUGACAUCUCUGUCAACAACACUCUGGCCAUCGUCAACUCCAAGCUCAUCGGUACGGUGCAGCAGACCUGCUACGCAGCGAAAUGCUCAUCCUUGCUUGUAUUGGAUCCACCCAUGCCUCCAUCUCUCUCUCUCUCUCUGUGUGUGUGUCAUACUGACUGCAGGUGCCUACAUGGCUGUGGAUCGCCGUCUGCGGGCGGUGGGGCUGGCGCUCAAGCACUGGGCCAAGUCGAGAGGCAUCAACGACAGGCACAUUACACACACACACACACACACACAGAGCCUGGGCGGUCGUAGGCAUGGCGCCCUCUCGUUUGAAUGUGUGUGGUGUGGUGUGCUGUGCAGGUCUCGCGGCACGUUGAGUUCGUUUGCGCUGAUCCUGAUGCUGAUCCACCUGUUCCAGAAGAGGCCAGUGCCAAUUCUGCCCGGCCUGCAGGUAAGCAACAAGCAGGGAGGGAGAGUUAUCCCUUCAGUCAUUGGUCUGCUUGUCGGUUGGUUCGUUGGUGUGUGCCGCCAGGAUUUGGCGACCGCCCACAGCUACGCCCCGGUGUACAUCAACGGAGCCGACUGCAGAUACUGCACCAACAGAAAGGUCAGUCAACAGCUGCCCACCUUCCUGCCUGCCUGCCUCCCUGUGUGGCUGUGAAGCUGUGUGUGGCGUCCAUCCACUGACCUGUGCCUCACUUCUCUCUGUGUCUGUCCGUGUGUGUGUUAGGAGAUCGAGGAAGAGUUGGCCUUUCUGCAGGGCGGCCACGCCCCCAACAGCGAGUCGGUGGGCUACCUGCUCUACUCGUUCUUCCGCCACUUCGGAUACGACUACAAACACGGCAUCAUUGCCGUCCGCGACACCACCCACCUGAUGCCGGCCGCCACUGCUGCUUCCGCAUCUGCAGCGGCGUCCUCAACAGCACCCGGGCUGGUGCCGACAGACCCCUCGAUGUGCUAUUUGUUUGUGGACAAUCCGUUUGAGGUCGGCAAGGAUGUGGCCAACGUGCUGCCGAAUCAGUACGCCAGGAUACGGCAGGAGUUCAGACGGGCGCACACACUCAUGGCACAGGGGGCGCCCUUCGCUGAGAUCUGCAAGUACGUGAGAGCCGGGCAGUGACUUGCAGGAUAGCACAGGUGAUGCAUGUGUGUGUGUGCUGGUGCCUGGCUGGCUGCAGGAAUGACCGGCAGCUUCACGAUGUACUGGGGAAGCCAUCGCUGCUCAACAGAUAGCCGAGAUACAGGCACACAGACAGGAGAGUAGACACGAAGCCGGGAAGGGCCAGCUGUCGAUGAGCUGAGCUGAUAUGUGUGGG